UGAACACAACAUUGUUUGAGAGCUGGGAGAUGAUUGGUCCAUACCCUUCCUGGUGGCUCUUCAACUCCCUGCUGCUGGUGCUGCAGGUGCUACACGUCAUCUGGUCCUACCUCAUAGCCGGGAUCGCCUACAAGGCCUUGGUCCGAGGAAAGGUUUCUAAGGAUGACCGCAGUGAUGUUGAGAGCAGCUCAGAGGAGGAGGUGGACACCAACGGAGCCAAUAACAAAAGGGUUAAAAUGGCGUCCUCUCCUAAGGUAGAGAACGCCACCAACGGCCACGCCGUCGCCACUAUAACCUGGCCACAGCAGAUACGUAGCAGCAGCAGCAGUUGGUGACACAAGAAAGGAGGAGUCCGCUGUCUGAUUCACAGUAUAGGGCUGACCACUGAGUCCAAUAUGUCUGGCCUGGUUACACUGGGCAGCCACUAGUUGUCGAAACUGUGCUGGAAAGGACCAUGUCAAAGAGAAUCAGGCAUAUCUGAGCCAACACAGUACUGUUCGGGUCGGCCCUAUAGUGAGAAUGUCUGUGAGACCUUUCCACUACUAGUUCAUCCUGUCCUAUUCUACAUCUUGAAGUGCUUUUCAUCUCAUCCAGUUCCCUGGACGUUUGAAGUCCGUUUCUUCAUUCAACUCUUAAUUAUACUGCACUGACAUUGAUCGGUGACUAUGACAACAGACGAUGGAUGUAUAGACAGACACCACCGUGACCCAUAGAAUCAAAACUGAUUACAUUUAACUUAUUAAAAACACUAUUUUAAUUCCCUUGUGUCAAGUGAAUGGGCCUGUAGCUAUUUUCAUUCCAUUGUGUCUAUAGAAUGGGGCCUGACUCUAUUUUCAUUCCAUUGUGUCCAUAGAAUGGGGUCUGACUGUAUUUUAAUUCCAUUGUGUCUAUAGAAUGGGGCCUGACUCUAUUUUCAUUCCAUUGUGUCCAUAGAAAGGGGUCUGACUCUAUUUUCAUUCCAUUGUGUCUAUAGAAUGGGGCCUGACUCUAUUUUCAUUCCAUUGUGUCUAUAGAAUGGGGUCUGACUGUAUUUUAAUUCCAUUGUGUCUAUAGAAUGGGGUCUGACUCUAUUUUCAUUCCAUUGUGUCUAUAGAAUGGGGUCUGACUCUAUUUUCAUUCCAUUGUGUCUAUAGAAUGGGGCCUGACUCUAUUUUCAUUCCAUUGUGUCCAUAGAAAGGGGUCUGACUCUAUUUUCAUUCCAUUGUGUCUAUAGAAUGGGGCCUGACUCUAUUUUCAUUCCAUUGUGUCUAUAGAAUGGGGUCUGACUGUAUUUUAAUUCCAUUGUGUCUAUAGAAUGGGGCCUGACUCUAUUUUCAUUCCAUUGUGUCUAUAGAAUGGGGCCUGACUCUAUUUUCAUUCCAUUGUGUCUAUAGAAUGGGGUCUGACUGUAUUUUAAUUCCAUUGUGUCCAUAGAAUGGGGUCUGACUCUAUUUUCAUUCCAUUGUGUCUAUAGAAUGGGGUCUGACUGUAUUUUAAUUCCAUUGUGUCCAUAGAAAGGGGUCUGACUCUAUUUUCAUUCCAUUGUGUCUAUAGAAUGGGGCCUGACUCUAUUUUCAUUCCAUUGUGUCUAUAGAAUGGGGUCUGACUCUAUUUUCAUUCCAUUGUGUCUAUAGAAUGGGGCCUGACUCUAUUUUCAUUCCAUUGUGUCUAUAGAAUGGGGCCUGACUCUAUUUUCAUUCCAUUGUGUCUAUAGAAUGGGGCCUGACUCUAUUUUCAUUCCAUUGUGUCUAUAGAAUGGGGUCUGACUGUAUUUUCAUUCCAUUGUGUCUAUAGAAUGGGGUCUGACUGUAUUUUCAUUCCAUUGUGUCUAUAGAAUGGGGCCUGACUGUAUUUUCAUUCCAUUGUGUCUAUAGAAUGGGGUCUGACUCUAUUUUCAUUCCAUUGUGUCUAUAGAAUGGGGCCUGACUCUAUUUUCAUUCCAAUGUGUCUAUAGAAUGGGGCCUGUAGCUAUUUUCAUUCCAUUGUGUCUAUAGAAUGGGGCCUGUAGCUAUUUUCAUUCCAUUGUGUCAUAGAAUGGGGUCUGACUCUAUUUUCAUUCCAUUGUGUCUAUAGAAUGGGGUCUGACUCUAUUUUCAUUCCAUUGUAUCUAUAGAAUGGGGCCUGACUCUAUUUUCAUUCCAUUGUGUCUAUAGAAUGGGGCCUGACUCUAUUUUCAUUCCAUUGUAUCUAUAGAAUGGGGCCUGACUCUAUUUUCAUUCCAUUGUGUCUAUAGAAUGGGGCCUGUAGCUAUUUUCAUUCCAUUGUGUCUAUAGAAUGGGGCCUGUAGCUAUUUUCAUUCCAUUGUGUCAUAGAAUGGGGUCUGACUCUAUUUUCAUUCCAUUGUGUCUAUAGAAUGGGGCCUGACUCUAUUUUCAUUCCAUUGUGUCUAUAGAAUGGGGCCUGACUCUAUUUUCAUUCCAUUGUGUCUAUAGAAUGGGGUCUGACUCUA